AUGUGUUUCUUCCAGUCCGCUCCAAUUCUUGAUCCAUCAGCUCUUCUGGUACCAGCUAGCGCUAGAACUUCUCUAAUUGAAGCAAAAGAAGCCGUUAAACAGCUGAAUGCUAAGGGAAACGGUAUUGGGCCCGAGAAUGAGGCAGAGGCUACCUUUGUCCUUGAUUUUGUAACCAACGGAGGUGCAACACCACCACCUUCAGAGGCAACCGAUGAGUACCUGAGGGAAGGCGUUACAACCCCCGCUAGUGAACAUAUCGAAGCAAGUGUAAACCCCAUUCGUCGACAAAAACGUCAAAUUGACAGAAGAGCUACCCGAUGGGUGGAGAACAAGGUGUUCUACUACUUUGACCCGAGCGUCGAAGAAAAAGCUCAGAAAAUUGUGAGAAAAGCGCUGAGUUACAUAAGUGCUCGAACAUGCAUCGACUUUCAUGAAGAUCUAUCAGCCACUAAUCGCAUUCGUAUAAACAAAGGAAAGAUCUGCUUUUCAUAUGUUGGAAUGCAAGGAGGCGAGCAGGACCUUUUCUUGAACAAAGCCUGUUGCACUGUUGGCAGUGUCGUUCAUGAAUUUAUGCACGCCCUCGGUGUAUGGCAUAUGCAAAUGCGAGACGAUCGAGACCAUUACAUUCGAGUUGACCUCUCAUCAGUGCCGGUGAUUAAUUUUUUCGUUCAUAUCGUUUACAAGAAAAAGUUACACCAAGAAUGCUCAGAAUUAUCGGAAUAUGAAGCAGAGAAUUUUUAG